UGGACAAUUAAGGUAUUUAAUUUUGCACUUAAAUUAUAAUUUAGGUUCUGAAGAAAGAAGGUAGAGCAGUUGUUUUAAAGCCUAGAAGGUUCUCUAAGGCAAUAGUAUUUCACAUUCUUUACUACACUGUUAAUAGCACUUGAUUCUCAGUACCAGGGAAGCAGAAGGUUUCUGUCAUUUUGUGACGAUGUUUUUAAAUCUCUUUGCAGGUGGAAGAAGAAAGGUGCCACUUUGGCAUGAAGACAGACUCGCUUAGUCGUCAGUCAUUUAAGCUGAGUGCAUUGUGAUUUCCAAUAAUUGAGGCAGUGGUUCUAAAAGCUGUCUACAUUAAUGAAAAGAGCAAUGUGGCCAGCUUGACUAAGCCGCCAGCGUGUGCAGCGCGGGCAGGACGGCACCCGGGUCUCAACGGACUUGUGCAUGUUAGCUGUAUAGAUUUAUGUAAGGUUUUUUAAAACUCUGGUCUUUUAAAAUAGUCUUAACCACUUUUACUAUGGAGACAUAUGAGAGUCCCUCUCCUCUCCCGCGUGAGCCCGCAGGAGAAGCGGUGAUGGAGAUCCGAGCUUGCCCCCUCCAAGCGCUGCCCCGUGAACAGUCUCCACCACCUCCCCUGCAAACGUCCAGUGAUGCAGAGGUAAUGGACGUUGGCUCUGGUGGUGAUGGACAGGCCGAACCCCCUGCUGAGGACCCGCUCAACUUCUACGGAGCUUCUCUUCUCUCCAAAGGAUCCUUCUCUAAGGCCCGCCUCCUCAUAGACCCGAACUGUAGUGGCCACAGCCCGCGCACCGCCCGGCACGCACCUGCGGUCCGGAAGUUCUCCCCUGACCUUAAGUUGCUUAAGGAUGUAAAGAUUAGCGUGAGCUUUACCGAGAGCUGCAGGAGUAAGGACAGGAAGGUGCUGUACACAGGAGUGGAGCGCGACACUCGUGCAGAGUGUGGUCUGGCCCUUAGCCCUGUCAGUGGAGACGUGCAUGCUUGUCCCUUUGGCGGGAGUGUUGGGAACGGGGUAGGUAUAGGGGGUGAGAGUGCUGAUAAGAAGGAUGAGGAGAAUGAGCUGGAUCAGGAAAAGAGAGUGGAGUACGCAGUGCUCGAUGAGUUAGAAGAUUUUACUGACAAUUUGGAGCUAGAUGAAGAAGGAGCAGGCGGGUUCACGGCUAAAGCAAUCGUGCAGAGAGACAGAGUGGAUGAAGAGGCCUUGAACUUCUCCUAUGAGGAUGAUUUUGACAACGAUGUUGAUGCUUUGCUGGAAGAGGGCCUUUGUGCUCCCAAAAAGAGAAGAAUGGAGGAGAAGUACGGAGGAGACAGUGACCAUCCAUCUGAUGGAGAGACGAGUGUGCAGCCAAUGAUGACCAAGAUUAAAACUGUGCUAAAAAGUCGUGGCCGUCCUCCUACAGAACCAUUGCCCGAUGGGUGGAUCAUGACAUUCCAUAACUCUGGAAUCCCAGUGUACCUACACAGAGAGUCUCGGGUGGUCACCUGGUCCAGGCCAUACUUCCUGGGAACGGGAAGCAUACGGAAACAUGAUCCUCCUCUGAGCAGCAUUCCAUGUCUUCAUUACAAGAAAAUGAAGGACAAUGAGGAAAGAGAGCAAAACAGUGAGCUCGCCCCCAGUGGGGAAGUGUCCCCUGUCAAGCCCCUGAGCCGAUCUGCGGAGUUGGAGUUCCCCCUGGAAGAGCCCGACUCCAUAGGAGCUGACUCGGGGGCCCUAGAUGAGAAGGACCCACUGGGGGCUGAGGCUGCCCCUGGGGCCCUGGGGCAGGUGAAGGCCAAGGUUGAGGUGUGCAAAGACGAAUCAGUUGAUCUUGAGGAGUUUCGGAACUACCUGGAAAAGCGUUUUGACUUUGAGCAAGUCACUGUGAAGAAAUUCAGGACUUGGGCCGAGCGGCGGCAGUUUAACCGAGAAAUGAAACGGAAACAGGCCGAGUCUGAGAGGCCCAUCCUGCCAGCCAAUCAGAAGCUCAUCACCCUGUCUGUGCAGGAUGCACCCACAAAGAAAGAGUUUGUCAUUAACCCCAACGGGAAGUCCGAGGUCUGCAUCCUGCACGAGUACAUGCAGCGUGUCCUCAAGGUCCGCCCCGUUUAUAAUUUCUUUGAAUGUGAGAACCCAAGUGAACCUUUUGGUGCCUCGGUGACCAUUGAUGGUGUGACCUAUGGAUCUGGAACUGCAAGCAGCAAAAAACUUGCGAAGAACAAAGCUGCCCGGGCUACGCUGGAGAUCCUUAUCCCUGACUUUGUCAAACAGACCUCUGAGGAGAAGCCCAAAGAUAGUGAAGAGCUUGAGUAUUUUAACCACAUCAGUAUUGAGGACUCACGGGUCUACGAGCUGACCAGCAAGGCCGGACUGUUGUCUCCAUAUCAGAUCCUCCACGAGUGCCUUAAAAGAAACCAUGGAAUGGGUGACACAUCCAUCAAGUUUGAAGUGGUUCCUGGUAAAAACCAGAAGAGCGAAUAUGUCAUGGCGUGUGGCAAGCACACAGUGCGCGGCUGGUGUAAGAACAAGAGAGUUGGGAAACAAUUGGCCUCUCAGAAAAUCCUUCAGCUGCUGCACCCACAUGUCAAGAACUGGGGGUCUUUACUUCGCAUGUAUGGCCGCGAAAGCAGCAAGAUGGUCAAACAGGAGACCUCGGACAAGAGCGUGAUUGAGCUGCAGCAGUAUGCCAAGAAGAACAAGCCAAACCUGCACAUCCUGAGCAAGCUGCAGGAGGAGAUGAAGAGGCUGGCCGAGGAGAGGGAGGAGACUCGGAAGAAGCCCAAGAUGUCUAUUGUGGCGUCUGCCCAGCCUGGUGGCGAGCCCCUGUGCACUGUAGACGUGUGAGGGAGGCAGCAGGGUCAGGCGCGGGGACUGCCAGCUCUGCUGCCAGGGAGACCACCCGCCACUCACUCUGCAGCCUUGGGCCUCUGAUUUGAGUUCCUCCCCUGCGGCCAGGCAUCUGAGGCCGGGGCCAGAGGGGUGGGGCUCUGGUGCACGGGGACAGCUGGGCCACGCAGCUCUUCCUUGGGGGCCGCCCACAGGUCUGAGUGGAUGUGUUCAAGGAUGGACUCCACUUACCCACCCGGGUGAGAGCCAAGAGCUUGGCAACAGCUGUGAAUGACCUCUGCCUCUGGGGACUUGCUGCAGACUGGUUUGAUGAAGGUUUUCAUGAGUGUCAGUACAUGCACAGACAAGAAGUGACAGACUGAGAAAGUGGUGGCUGAGUCCUGUGGCACUCUGUUCCUCGGGUUCUCGCAGGCCACUGCAGGGGUCUGGUCAGAAGGUGCGUGCUGGCACCCCCGCCCCUUUCCUGCCUCUUGUGUUUUCCCUUUUACUCUGAAAAGGUUAUAAUAGGAAGGAGUAUUUCAGACCUUUUUGGCUUAAAAUAAACACAAUUUUAGAAUCAGCUAUUUUUCAGAGAUUGCAGGCGAGCCCUCAAGGUGAUUCUUUUCCACUCCUGAAACCUGUUGCCAGUGGGAGUAUGCAGUCUGCUGGUCUCUGCCUGGCUUGUUACCCUGCGCUGGCGUGUGGUUCAUUUCUUCGGAGUAAGUCUUAAUGUCCUAAAAACACGCCUUCUUAGACACCGAGGCCCUCUUCACUGGCCUCUGGCAACUUUUUACUGAAGACUUUUGCACAGUCAAGUCCAUCUGUCCACCCAUCAAUUUUUAAAGCUUUUAUGAUAUUUUAGCAUUUGGGAAGAAACUUUUACAGCGAGAGUAGAAGAUAGAUUUGGAAUCACGUAGCAGAUAUAAACAAGUUAAGCAUUUUAGCACGAUUUUAGAAGAGGAAACCAGGACCGUUCAUGUAGACCAUCUGUGCUCACAAAGUGGCGUUCCUGCCUGGAGCUUGCACAAGCAUGUGGAGGGCGGCGGUCUUGCCUGUGACGGUGGCUGCACUGGAUUUUAAGGGCACCUGCCCUGUGCAGCCAGGCCUCACGGCCACCUGUUCCUUUGAUCAGCAGUCAGUGGCUCUCCAGGUGGCUCCUGCAGACAGGUGCAACGGGUAGGUAUGUCCCUACCCUGAGCCCCAGGGGAUGUGGGUGUGCUUGGGGCUCUGGGUUGUCCCCAUGUGCAAGGUAUUGGUGGCCAUACAUUCCCUGUUCCUAGGGGCUGUUCAGGGGUGCACUGUUGGCUGUAGGGGCCCACUGCUGGGCUGCAUUCUCCACGGGCGUGCCUAUUCUCCAUCCUGUCCCCCGUGGUUGGUGUUGAUGGCAUUUGUUUUCAGGAAUACAGAAUGUCGGUCUUGCGUGCCUCCCACAGUGUAUCCCUUCCUUACCACCUAUGUGACGGAAGUUGGCUUCUCUGUUGACCUUUAUAAAACAAAACCUUCAAAUCAAGUUGCUGUAAUUAGACACUUGCUUCUGUCUUGCUUCCUGUCUGCAGCUGUGAAUCCUCAUUUGACUAUAUGACUGUUUGCCCUCAGAACAGCCAGAUGCGCCAUUGUGAACCAAAGCUUUGUGCACACGUGUUAACUAGAGGCAGUGAGCCUUGCUGCAGCCUCCCCAUGUCCUUCCUCUUGUAUUCCCCCCACGCCGUGUGGGUGUGAGUGUUGUGUGCACACAGCCGUGCUGUGGGGGCGGAGGGCAGGGGGAGCCUGUGCUGAUGCCACCUCCACUUGGCCACUGGCCGUCGUGUACCUUCUAGGUGGCAGCUAAACUAUGGCUGUAAGGGUGAGCCUUGAUUGUCUGAACGCAUAAAGCAAAACUGUCCCAAAAGGGAA